AUGGAAUUCGGGCUUUCAGAUGAGCGCCUGCGGACGGCCAUUCGCCUCAGCAACGAGGCAGCCGCUAAGGACUCAGCGGGGCAUCUCCCGGAGGCAUUCGAGCUGUACAAACGGGCCCUAGAGAACUGGAGGGUCGUCUGCAAAUUUCAGCAGAACCCAACGCUGAGGGAGCGGCUGUACAGGCGGAUGGACGACUACAUAACUCGGGCAGAGCAGCUAAAGCAGCUUCUUCGUCAGAGCUCAGCUUCACAUUUGCGGCAGCGUUUGCUUCUCUACACACCCUCUCCCCCAAAGCCUCUGGGCCGCAAUUCAAUUCAUGCGGCCGUCACUCCUCCUUCCCGCUCCCCAGCCUCCCCUUCUUUUCAUAACACGCCUGCCAAUGCCUCAGCGGCAGACUGCACAGUUACCACCGUCAAGUCAGAUGCGGAUGCUGCGGAGGGGGAACGCAUAAAACAGAAACUGGCGCAUGCCAUUCUCACGGAAAAACCGAACUUCAGAUGGUCAGACGUUGCGGGGCUGGAGUCGGCGAAAGAGGCGCUGCAAGAAGCCAUCAUUCUCCCAUCUCGCUUUCCUAGCCUGUUUACUGGGAAGACGUUUCUGGCGAAGGCUCUUGCAGCAGAGGCUGAUGCAACGAUCCUCUCGGUGUCGGCGGCGGAUCUGGUGAGCAAGUGGCAAGGGGAGAGCGAGAACCGUAAUAGCAACUUGGUGAUUGCCUUGUGCUUUCCGCUGAAGUUUUCAAAUCUUUGCAGACUGGUUCGCUCGCUAUUUGAGCUGGCGCGGGAGCGGAGGCCUUCCAUCAUAUUUAUAGAUGAGAUCGACUCCAUGUGUGGAGCUCGCUCGGAAAGCGACAGCGAAUCCUCCCGACGCAUGAAAACGGAGUUUCUUAUCCAGAUGCAAGGCAUCAACUUCGAUUUAAGCGAAGUCCUCGUUCUGGGGGCAACGGCUAGAGAACAAUUGCUUAGAUCUGGCCUGGGCGGCACUCCCCACCACCUCAAGGACGCCGACUUCCGCCAUCUUGCGAUAGAGCUCGAAGGGUUUAGCGGCUCGGAUAUCUCGGUGCUUGUUCGGGAUGCAUUAUUUGAGCCAAUUAGGAGGUGUCGCACGGCGACGGCUUUCAAACAAGUGAUGGUUGAUGGGCGGGCCUUCUAUGUGCCGUGUCGUCCGGAUGACUCCGACCCAACUACGCGAAGAAUGACUUUGAUGUCCGUCCCGUCUGACAGACUGUUGCCGCCAGAAGUGACAAUGGUGGGUGCCAAACGCUGCACGUACUGCAAGCUCUGCUUUUGA